AGACUUCUCGUGAUCAUGACGUCGGACGAUGACGUCAUAGGGAAGUGUUUACAUCUGGUCGAAGGUACAAAUUCUUGUUCGGAUCUACGAAGUUAUAUUGAAUUACACUAUAAAAUGAAGUUCAAGUUUAAGGAAGAGAACACAUUUGAUACCCGUAAAUGUGAGUCUGCCAAAAUCCGUUCCAAGUAUCCUGACAGAAUUCCAGUUGUGGUUGAGAAAGCUCCAAGAAGCAACAUUGCAGAAAUAGACAAAAGGAAAUUCCUUGUUCCAAGUGAUAUUUCAGUGGCUCAGUUCAUGUGGAUCAUCAGGAAGAGGAUUCAGCUUCCACCUGAGAGGGCGCUCUUCCUUUUUGUGGGAAAAGUUUUACCAACAUCAAGUGCCAGCAUGGGAAGUAUUUUUGAAGAACACAAGGAUGAAGAUGGCUUCCUUUACGUAGCAUACAGCGGAGAAAAUACAUUUGGCUGAGACUAGCUAAUGGCAUACACGGACUUGCAGGCUGGAUCCUGUACUAACUGUAUUCACAGGAAGACGACUGGAUUUUAUGGCUCACAGAUGACCAAACUUGGCAGUGAUUAUGGACAAAUCGGGGAAGGUGGUUACCUUCUCCGUACUGUGCAGUUACAUGACACAGUUUUUUUUUUUUCCUUGAUUGUUUGUACUGUCAAUAAGUGUAUUUUGCCAGAGAUUUCUUAUAAAUUAUGCUUGGUUAGCUAGGGAAGAAACAUGUGCAACGUGAUUGGUUAUGUGGACAUUAAGGAAUCAUUAUAUCAGCCAAUGACGACCAAAUCUUAUUUUAAACUGACCAAUCAGGAGAUUAGCAGGAUUUUUAAUUCAAGCGGGGACAUUCCGUGAAUUUAUUUGCUCAUCAUAUAUCAUGAUGGUGUAUUAAUUCAGAAGAUCAAAGAAAUUGGGAUUUUAUACCCAGUUUCGGGCAGCAAAUCUACCUACUAGUACAGUACAGUAAAAGCUUUGCAGAGAUAAUUAUUAUUGAAGAACUGUUAAUCCUUUUAGUUUUGCUGUCUCUGUUCUGCAAUGUGAUGUAUUUAAAAAAAUUUGAAGAUAAUCAUAACAAUUUAUCCUAAGAGACCUUUCCUUUUUAAGUAUUUAUGUUAAAGUGAAAAUCUGUGGAAUAUAAGCAUUUGCAAGUGUAGUAUUCCUUUGUUGCAUUUCAAAGUUGAAGCCCAGGAAAAACCAUAUGUAUUGUGACACAGUACAACACUAAUGUGUCAUUAUCAGGUAUUGUAUGCUUGUGCAACUGCAAAUAUACGUAAUGUGUUACAAAAGUA